AAGAUUGAAUGCGUUUCGAUAUUGAAAGAUUAUGCUUGCAUGGUCAGCGCUCGCACCUCGUUUCUGGAGGUGUCUGAAUAGGACACCCAGAAACAAAAUAGAAAAACUCUUACAAAUCAAACAGAAAAGAAAUUUUUCUUCUACACAGGGAACUAUUGCAAGAAAAGAGUCUACAGAGACUGCCGAUUUCAAGAGUGUGAAAGCAUGUGAUCUCAGCCUGCCACGAAAGGUUCACGCUAGUCGAAAGAUCAUGUUUCCAGUGAAGAAAACGAUAUAUUCUCAGGGAAAGAGGAUAAGAAUGGAUUUACCUCCACCUAGACUUUACGUAAACGCAGGUAGUGUCAAAGGUAGAAGACUCUUAAACCCUCCAGUUUAUAUAAGACCUAUGAUGUCCAAAGUCAGGUCUGCUUUAUUUUGUAUGUUGACAGAUAUGAAGUUGUUGAGACCAGAAUACAGAAUACUGGACAUUUUUGCUGGUACAGGAGCAGUUGGCAUAGAAGCCUUGUCGCAGAAUGUGGGUAAGGCUGUCUUUGUGGACUCUAGCCCGGACUGUUGUGCAACAGUGAGAGAGAAUUUGGAAAGAUGUCGGUUUUCAGAUAGGGGCGACGCAUUUUGUUCGACAUACGAAGACUUUGUGGAUAAUCCUGGACGGUUUCAAGUGAAAGGAACGUUUGAACUUGUCACUUUGACACCCCCAUAUGAAGAGAUAGAUUAUAAUACUCUGAUGAGUACCAUAGCUACGUCAAGCUUGAUUGGUCCUGGUUCGGUGGUAGUUGUCGAGUAUCCCAUUGAGCUUGGCGUAAUGCCUCCUGUUAUUAUGGAACGGUUGGUAGGUUUGCGGAAUCGUCGUUAUGGUCGUACAGUUCUGGGACUCUAUGGAGUUGAUCCAGAGCCCCCUUUAGAUGCACGUCCUGAAGAAUUUGAAGCCAAGAAAGGCACCAAAUUAAAUAAACGUGCAGAUGCUGUUCGAAUAGCAGAAGAGGCAAGGGAAUCGAACGAAACUUCGUCAGAUGAUAAUUAAUAAAGAUAGAAUGUACAUAUAGCAUACAGUGCAAGUACUCAUAAAUAGAAGACGGUAGCUUUCUAACACUGGUCUAUUCGCCUAUCUCUUCGUUGUAUGCUAGUUUGGUAUAGUACACGUUCUAUUCUAUGAAGGAAUGAAAUACAAAGCAGAAUAUAUUCAUCAAAAAUACAAAAAGUAAAGUUAUUCUCCUCCUUAUCCUUUCCGUUUGUCAGAUAGUUGCUAUUUCUUUGCCCUAACAAUGACAAAGUUUAA